AUGGAUUACUACAGAACAGCCACAGAAGCUCCAAGGUCAUUGUCUAGGACUAUUCCAGUGAAGUGGCAAGGAGACCCAGAUCCUGUUUCAGUUGGAUCCAUCAUCAAUAAUGCCAAAGUGGUAGAUCCAUUUAUCAACAUUUAUAGAGUGAGCAUGAGAAGAUUGUAUCAAUUGUGUCUUUCUCAUGCUUUUGUGCUCUUAAUUUCUUUCUUCCUUGGAUUCACUGCCACUACAGUGUCACCAGCUACCGAGAAGGAGAUCUUGCUGCAAUUCAAGGGUAACAUCAGCAAUGACCCUUACAACGGCUUGGCUAAUUGGGUCCCAAGUGGCAGUCAUUGUGACUACAGUGGUGUGUUUUGCAAUCCUCUUGGUUUUGUAGAGAGAAUUGUUUUGUGGAACACAAGCUUAUCUGGGUUUUUAUCACCAGCAUUAUCAGGUUUGAGAUCUUUAAGAAUUUUGACAUUAUUUGGCAAUCAAUUUAAAGGCAAUAUCCCACAAGAAUAUGCAGAAUUAAGCACAUUGUGGAAAAUAAAUUUGAGUUCUAAUGCCUUAUCUGGGUCAAUACCAGAAUUCAUUGGUGAUUUGCAAAGCAUUAGAUUUCUUGAUUUGUCAAGGAAUGGUUACAGUGGGGAGAUUCCAUUUGCUUUGUUCAAGUUUUGUUACAAAACCAAGUUUGUUUCUUUUUCUCAUAAUAGUCUUUCUGGUACAAUCCCGGCUUCAAUUGCAAAUUGUACUAAUCUUGAAGGGUUUGAUUUGUCUUUCAAUAAUCUUAGUGGUCAAUUGCCUUCUGGAAUUUGUGAUAUUCCUGUAUUAGAGUACAUGUCUUUGAGGAGCAAUGUGCUAACAGGGAGUGUGCUUGAAGAGAUUUCAAAUUGCCAAAGAUUGAGUUUUUUGGAUCUUGGCAGCAAUAUGUUUACUGGGUUGGCUCCAUUUGGAAUCCUUGGAUUGCUAAACUUGAGUUACUUCAAUGUAUCACAUAAUGGAUUUCAAGGGGAGAUUCCGGAGGUGAAAACUUGCAGUGAGAGUCUGGAAGUCUUUGAUGCAUCAGGUAAUGAACUGGAUGGUGAAAUCCCCUUGGGCAUUACAAACUGCAAAAGCCUUGAAUUUAUCGACUUGGGAUUUAACAGGCUGAAUGGGAGUAUCCCAGUUGGGAUUGCCAAUUUGGACAGGCUUUUGGUUUUUAAAUUGGGCAACAAUUCAAUACAGGGGACAAUCCCUGCAGAAUUCGGAAGCAUUGAGUGGCUGCUGCUUCUGGAUUUGCACAACCUCAAUCUUGCUGGUGAAAUUCCUAAAGAUAUAAGCAACUGCAGGUUUCUUCGGGAGCUGGAUGUUUCUGGAAAUGCAUUAGAUGGAGAGAUUCCCAACACCCUUGACAAUUUGACUUCCCUAGAAGUCCUUGAUUUACGCAGAAACCAGCUUGAUGGUAGCAUACCGGAGACUCUAGGAAGCCUAUCAAACCUCAAACUUUUAGACUUGUCACAAAAUAACCUUUCUGGGACUAUCCCAUCUUCUCUUGGAAAAUUGGCAAAUUUAACAUUUUUCAAUGUCUCCUCCAACAACCUUUCAGGUCCCAUUCCUUCACCAAAAAUCCAGGCUUUUGGCGCAGGUGCUUUUCUUAACAAUUCUGGGCUCUGCGGUGUCCCUUUGGAUAACUCUUGCUCAGGAGGUGGCAAUGGCACAGGUAACAAACCAAAGAACAAGGUGCUCGGUAACUCUGUUAUUGUGGCAAUUGUUGCUGCCGCACUGAUCCUUACUGGGGUUUGUGUGGUAUCAAUCAUGAACAUCAGGGCACGCAGCAGGAAAAAAGACGAUGUGACAACUGUUGUUGAGAGCACACCAUUGGGUUCAACAGAUUCAAAUGUUAUAAUUGGGAAGCUGGUUCUGUUCAGCAAGACUUUGCCAUCAAAGUACGAAGAUUGGGAGGCUGGAACCAAAGCUUUGCUAGACAAGGAAUGCUUAAUAGGCAGUGGAUCAAUUGGAACAGUUUACAGAACUACUUUUGAAGGCGGGGUUUGUAUUGCAGUGAAGAAGCUUGAGACUCUGGGUAGGAUCAGAAACCAAGACGAAUUUGAGCAAGAAAUUGGACGGUUAGGUAAUCUUCGACAUCCCAAUUUGGUUGCAUUUCAAGGGUAUUACUGGUCUACAACAAUGCAGUUAAUUUUGUCUGAAUUUGUUCCAAAUGGUAAUCUAUAUGACAAUCUGCAUGGGCUUAAUUAUCCAGGAACCAGUACUGGUGUUGGGAAUAGAGAAUUGUAUUGGCCUAGGAGGUUUCAAAUUGCUCUUGGAACAGCGAGAGCGCUUUCUUACCUUCACAAUGACUGCAGGCCUCCAAUUCUCCAUCUCAACAUCAAAUCCACUAACAUACUAUUAGAUGAAAAUUAUGAGGCCAAGCUGUCUGAUUAUGGUUUGGGGAAGUUGCUUCCCAUUUUGGACAAUUAUGGUUUAACUAAAUUCCACAAUGCAGUAGGGUAUGUUGCACCAGAGUUGGCUCAGAGUCUAAGAUUGAGUGAUAAAUGUGAUGUGUAUAGUUUUGGAGUAAUUCUUUUGGAGCUGGUCACUGGGAGGAAACCAGUGGAGAGUCCAACAGCAAAUGAGGUGGUGGUUCUGUGUGAAUAUGUUCGUGAGUUGUUGGAGACUGGCUCUGCUUCAGAUUGCUUCGAUAGAAGUUUACGAGGGUUUUCAGAAAAUGAGUUGAUUCAAGUCAUGAAGUUAGGAAUGAUUUGCACAUCUGAGGUUACUUCAAGAAGACCAAGCAUGGCUGAGGUUGUUCAGGUCCUUGAGUCCAUAAGGUCUGCAGUAGAAUCAUCGUAG